CUCGUUUUAUGGUCUCGUUAAUGUGGAUCAUCAUUAGUCGACACUUUGGACUCUGGGCAGAUUCAGUCCUCCUGCAGAAGGCUCACACUACUUUGAGAGAUGCAGACGGGUACAGCUCUCAUUUAUGAUGAGGAGAUGACCAAGUACAAACUUCUCUGGGUUGACCCAGCGUGUAAGAUUGAAGUACCCGAGCGCCUGACAGUAAGUCAUGAGGCUUUGGUCAAGAAUGGCCUGGUCGAUCGCUGUGUUUCUGUACCUGUCCGGGAGGCAACAGAUGCAGAUAUUCUGCUGGUUCACAGUGAGGAAUACUUGGAGGCUGUGAAGAAGACUCCAUUUAUGACUCUCGAAGACCUAAUGGAGUUCACCCAACAAUAUGGAGAUGUCUACUUUCACCCAAACAUCUACCACUGUGCCAAACUGGCAGCAGGAGCCGCUCUGCAACUGGUCGACAAUGUAAUGACGGGGAAGGUGAGGAAUGGCAUGGCUCUGGUCAGACCUCCAGGACAUCACAGUAUGCGCAGUGCUGCCAAUGGAUUCUGUGUGUUCAACAAUGUGUCAAUAGCAGCACAAUAUGCCAAGCAAAAACAUGGGGUUGAAAGGGUGUUGAUAGUGGACUGGGAUGUACAUCAUGGUCAAGGUGUGCAGUACUGCUUUGAAGACGAUCCAAGUGUUCUCUACUUCUCAUGGCAUCGUUACGAGCAUCAGAAAUUCUGGCCUCAGCUCAGAGAAUCAGACUACGACUGUGUUGGCAAAGCAAAAGGAGCUGGCUUUAAUAUAAAUGUACCGUGGAACAAGGUGGGGAUGCAAAACACUGACUACCUCUCGGUCUUCUUUCAUGUCCUUCUGCCAGUUGCAUAUGAGUUUUGCCCAGACUUGGUUUUGGUGUGUGCAGGCUUUGAUGCAGCCAUCGGUGACCCAGAGGGUGAAAUGUGUGCCACCCCAGACAUCUUUGCCCACCUCACUCACCUCCUGAUGAAUCUCGCUGAUGGCAAAGUGUGUGCGGUGUUAGAGGGGGGGUACAACUUGACGUCCCUCGCCCAGUCUGUGUGUCAGACAUUUCAAACUUUGCUUGGAGAUCCAACACCUCUGCCUGUAAACCUGGAUGGUCCUUGCCAAAGUGCACUUGAGUCUGUACACUGUGUCCGAUCCGCUCAGAAGCCAUACUGGUCCUGCCUCAAACAUGCAGCUGAUCUACCCACAUUUGAGCUCAGCACCAAACGUAUUAAAGUAGUGGAAGAAGAAGAGAGGACAGAGAAGGUUGAAGAGGAGAAAAACACAGAGGAAAUAGUUUGGCCAGACCCCCCGAAACGUGUCAGUCCUUGUGUUCGCACUGCUGUAGUGCUCCCUGAUGGCGUGGAUUGUCCAGAUGGAUGUAAACGCUUCACUGAUUUACAUCCUGAUCCACUUCUAGGCAAAAAACUGGAGAACAUCCUCAAAGACUCAAACGACAGUGACGCCCUCUCCACCCUCUCCAGUCUCACUGCUCUCAUAGAGAAAAUGGAGACGAACAAGAUCUGCAAUGGGUUGGUGCUGGUUCGUGAUGUCUCCAUGGCGAUGAUGUGUGUGGUCCAACAUGCAGCUUCGCUCAACAAGCGGGCUUUGAUCGUGUGUGUUGCCAACGAGGCGAUCCCGAUUGACCUCACAGACGAUGGUAAAACCAUAAUGGUGCAUUUCAGCAGCAAGGAGUCAGAGGAACAGAAAGGCAAAUAUUACAUUCCUGUGUGUCUGAAGAAGGGCUGCAGUGAUACGUCAGGGAUCAUGCAGGCUGUACUGGGUCUCGUCCUUCCUCUGGGGUAUCAGUACAACCCUGAUCUGGUUCUGCUGGUUCGGAUGCCAGAUUGUAGAAUUUCUGAAAGCGUAUGGCAACAACUAAUAGGCAUUCUGCAGGGUCUGGCACAAGAACACACACUGGUACUAAUGCAGGAGAAUGAGAAGGCCAGUGUCACCCCCAGCGCUUCCACUCUCCUUGGGAACCCUGCUCCACGUCUGGGUCCACUUCAGGGUCCACAGUCAGAUGAUGUGGAGGCUCUGGAGAGACUCAGACAGAAGCUGCAGUCUGACUGGACGCUACUGCAGACCACAGCUCCAGACAGCAGAUAGGAUCAUGAGCACUGACACUGAUCCUGUCCCCUAAACGUAUUAAGACACAUUGUCUUUAAAGGAACAAGUACAUGUAUGUUAGUAUUCUCUAUGUUAGAAUAAUCCUGUAUUUGACUCCUAUGCUUUGGGAUCCUGAUUAACGUGAAUUAGAUUUUUACUGUCUGAAUUAUUGUAUAGUCUGCCUUAACCCUUUCAUGCAUAGUGCACACUCCAGUGGAUAGCUAUCCUAAGGCUGUUCUCUUGUGUAUUCGUGGAUUUUAUUGUUUUAGUUCCAUAUCAGCGAACACAAUGAACGCCUAUGCAUUAUCCCAUACAUUGCAAUUCAUACUGUUAGUGUAAC